CGGGCGGGCGGAGCAGAGAGGCAAGCGGCAAACCACAGGGCUCUUUCCUUCCUUUCUUUCCCAGCCUUCUCUCUUCUGGAAAGAAGCCUUUCCCAAGUCCUCUCCACCUUCUCGCCUGUUCGGCUCUCAUUCGUCGCCAACGUACUUGGAUCUAGGAGGAGUUUUGAGUAAAGUUUUCUAUCCAGUCUUUUUUUAGUCUGCUUUUUUGGAAGUCGGGUCUCCGCCACACCUCGUUCACCAGCCAACCAGCCUCCAGCCCAGAGUCCCUUUUCCCUUUGGAUCCAAGACGGAGGAAGUUCACAUUUACCUGUACGUUGCGGGUAAGAUCCAGUGCACAUUUCAAGAGCCGUUUUUUGUCCGUAGUUUCCAGCUGUUACUUGAUUCCUCCAUACCAGCUUUGCAUGUGGCUUUGGACUUGCUUUUCCUUUCCCCGACCUUACGAAGAUUUCCCGCGGAGCAUAUUUCUUUUUUUAUCGUCUCGGAUGCCUCCGCCUCGGUUUCCACGAGGGCAUGCCUCAAAGCGGAUGUAUUAAUUCCGACGGUUUGCACAGGAAUGGAAUAAAAAGCACACACGCAGGUGUCCGUUUGCAGUUGUUUUUCCUGUUUUGGGGCCUUUUCGGUGGAAAAAAAAAAUCGCACGAGUAACGUACGAAUUUCGGGAGCAGCCGACAAGAUCCUACGUGUAUUAAAAAGUCAAUGAAGAUCCCGAGCGAGUAAAGUGAGGAAAACAAGGACAAAAAAAAGAAGAAAGAAAUGACGACUGAACCAAAAGGGAAAUGGGUUCUUUGAAUGUUCUUCUUCUCGUGUGAGGAGCAACCGGAGUUGCUUCUGGAGUGAGAGAAUUGGCUGUCUGCAAGGACGUUGCCCAAGGGACAUUGCCCGGAUGGUUUUGAUGUUUUGUGGGAGGCUUCUCUCAUGAAUUAGCUUCCAAGAGACACGGAGUUGGUCAGAAGUCAACCAGGGCAUCUCGACGGAUCGGACUGUCUUCGAUGGGGAGCGGUCUCACUCCCAGCCCACCUCCGACACUCUCCUUAGAAGGAUUUGAGACCUCUUUGCUCGUUGUGGCAUUCAUGCCCCCUUGGCUUGGCCCACUCACUUGGAGCUCACCUUGGGAAGCCCAAGGCCCCGAGCGAGGCACCGCACGUGGCAUGAAGGAACCCAACGCUGAGGGCUUCUGAUCCUCGGAGACAUUCCUGAGCACUCACUAUGUGCGGCCGGAGCGCACCGCUGCAGCUGGGAGUAUGAGUGCUGGCCCCCAGCUACAGCUGGCAGUCCUCUGGCCGUGGCUCUCCUUCUUCUUCUUGUGCUCCACGCCGCAGGGGCAGCCGGGCUACUUGGGACAGGCCCUGGCGGCGGCCAUGGAGCCCGAGCGGUCCUCCUCGGCCCAGAAGGCCCUCAUCCGCGUGGUCCCACUCAAGCUGGAGCCCCUCACCCUGGAAGGGGUCUUCGCCGGCGUGGCCGAGAUCAUCCCGGCGGAAGGGAAGCUGCUGCAGUUCCACCCUUUGUCUCUGUGCAACACCAGCGAGGAUGAGCACACCGUCCCCGGAUUUGUCUCCAUCGUCAAGCUGGAGCGGCCCGAGAGGGACCUCCGGCCCUGCCUUUCGUUGGCCAACAAGGCCAAACUGGCGGGAGAAAGGGGAGCACGGGCCGUUCUCUUUGACAUUACAGAUGACCAGGCUGCCGCUGACCAGCUGAGGAAGCCCCGGGGCCUCAGCCACCCAGUGGUUCUGAUCUGGGGCCACGAUGCCGAACUCUUGAUGGGAGUGGUCAACAAUAACCGGGAAGCGCAUGUGAAGAUCGAAGUGAAGGAGUUGCCGGCUUGGUCAAACUAUGAUCUCUGGAUACUCCUUACAGUAGUCAGCACAGUCCUGGUCAUCAUUCUGAUCUUCAUCGUCCGCACCCGUUGCCAACCGAGGAGGAACCAGGCCCAUGCUCAAGAAGAGACCCUCCAGGCCAUCAACCAGCUGGCCACCCGGAGGUACCAGUCCCGCCGGCGGCGUCCUGGGGCUCCCAAUGGAGAUUCGGCCAGCUCCUGCAGCUCUGCCCCUGUCUGCGCCAUCUGCUUGGAAGAGUUCAGUGAGGGACAGGAACUUCGGAUCAUCACCUGCUUCCAUGAGUUCCACCGGUGCUGCGUGGAUCCGUGGCUAAAGGAGCACCAAACGUGUCCACUGUGCAUGUUCAACAUUGUCGACCGAGCGCCCGUUGCGUUGCCGGUGCACCCCCAGGAGGAGCCGCAUCGCCCCGGAGCCGGGCAGAGGCCUCGCUUCUUCCAGCAACACCCGGGGCAUGCCGUGUACCGCUUUCCGCCUGGGAACUGCUCUUCUGUGCUUCCCCAGGGCCACCCGUUCUUCCACUCUCCGGAGCUUUCCCAGCUGGACUUGGGGACCAUGCAUUACUUGCCCUACAGGCCGAGGAGGCUUGAACCUUGGUGUGGCCGCCAGCCGGCUCUUGCCCGAAGCCAGGUGGUCCCCCAGUCGCAGGAGUCUUUGGUGUGCGAUCGGCAGCAGGCCUUCCCCUCCCGGAACGGCAGGGCCUGCUUGCUCCCGCACCCGUCCGCUUGCCGCCAGGGUCUCCGGGGAACCCUUGCUGCCAAAGCGAAUCGUGCCACGGCGCUCCAUCGGGGAAUCCGCCAGGGGAGGCACCACUACCACCAUCACCACCACCACCACCAUCACAGCAGCGGCUCGGGGGAGAGUUAUCUCACGGAGCCGAGUGGCUACCUCCCUGACGGGCCCGGUAGUGACUCCAGUUCAGGGCCUUGCCACGGUUCCUCCAGCGACUCCAUCUUGAAUUGCACUGACGUCAGCUUGACCGCCAUCCACGGCAGCUGCUCCACUUUCCGUAGUUCGCUGAGCAGUGAUUAUGAUCCAUUCGCCUUCUGCGGUUCGGAGAAGGCGGCGGUGGAAAACAGAGCCGAGCCAAGUCCUUCGUGGAAGGACCCGAGGCCGCGCUCCGUAGACUCUGCGAUGGUGGGCAGAGCCCAGCUGGCCAGCAGUCACGUUGUCCACUACCACCACCACCACCACAGGCACCACCAUUACGGACGGAGCCCACCAUCAGACUGUCGGAGCAGUAAGUCAGGCCACGAACCCAGCCAACGCAAGGCCAAAUAUUCCCGGACCAAAGAGCAAAAGAAGGCAGAGAAGAUCCAGCUGCUUGAAGCGGAUGCCUCCCAAGUUGGACAAUCUGCAUCUCUGGCCGAAGAACAGCAAGCGUUCCCUUUCGCAGCUCAGUCUGACUUUGGCGCAGAGUCCGAAGCCGUUGGGUUGUGGACUUCUCAGAAACGUUACCUGCAAAUCCAUCCCAGUCGGAGGAGAUGGAAAUGCCCCCUCGACACUUCCCAGCUUUCUUUCUCUGAAGACUCCAACGUACCCCUAGACUCUAAUGCCCCCAGUCCUUCUGGUCCCAACAACUGCUGCUCAAUAGAGGUUCAACCUCUCCUGGCGAGCGGAGCCUCCGCGGAUAAAUCCCAAGUUUCGCCAUGCUCCGUUAUGGAGCUUCAGACAGAAAGGGACGGAUUGGAGCUACUGGACUCUGAGGCCGUGACUUCUGGGGAGUGUUCAGAGAUGGACACCAGUGCUUACCUCAAUGGCCAAACUCAACAAGACCUUCAGGGACCCAAUGAGGACACCCCAGAUGUGUACGAACAUUCGGUGUGACAGGAAGUGGAAUCUAUGAUGGAGCAAUGCCAGAAGAGAACAUUUGACAGUUCAGAAAGCCAGGGAGUGUGGACUUUAUCGCACGCCUUCAGCCCAGCCUUGCAUUCCUAUCCAAAACAGCACGUUUCCCGACAUCACGGCUACUUGAUGUAGUCGUCAAAGCCAUCACGCUUGUGCCAAAUGUAAUCUGCCCGUCUUGCAAGUGGUCAUCUUGACAUGCCUGGGAUGGAGGGACCUGUGUCGCUCCUUGUUUGAACGAGAAGAGCUAGGAUAGGAAAUAAUAUCCCACUGUACCCCAAGGUGCUCUUUCCAUCCUCUGUGCUUGUCAAAGUGCCUUAGAUCCCUGAAUGUUUACGUUUCCGCAAUAUUAUCGGUCCCACCCCACCGCAUCUCACCUCCACCAGAGCCACCUUAGUUCUAACUGCCUUGGAAAGAUGUUGUGAUGAGUUUAAGCACAAACAAAAAGAAGGGGAGAAGUUCACGCAGUCGCAUACAUUUCCCCCAAACUCAGAUGUAUUGGAAGGGUCCCAGGCCUUUGGGAUCAUGUUUAACUCUUGCCAGGGCAAGCAGCCCAAUCUCUUUGCUCAAUGGGACAGUACUCUGAAUCCUCAAAGUUACAGUAAGCUAGUAGAUUGUUUUAGAUAUAAAUGUCUCAUGUUUCCAUGUACAGCCCUAGUAACCCUAAAUUACAAUAGAUAUUUCAGGGAGAGCCCUCUUUCAGGAGGCAGGCCUUGGACCAUGAUCUUACGGUAGUUGACCUGUUAAGUAUUUCUUAACACGGUAAGAUAAAUCCAGAUAUUCCCUUCUAAAGUUGCUCUGGACCAGUUUAAUAAUACAGUAGAGUCUCACUUAUCCAACAUAAACGGGCCGGCAGAACGUUGGAUAAGUGAAUAUGUUGGAUAAUAAGGCGGGAUUAAGGAAAAGCCUAUUAAACUUCAAAAUAGGUUAUGAUUUUACAAAUUAAGCACCAAAAUAUCAUGUUAUACAACAAAUUUGACAGAAAAAGUAGUUCAAUACGCAGUAAUGCUAUGUAGUAAUUACUGUAUUUAUGAAUUUAGUACCAAAAUACAGUCAAGUCUCACUUAUCCAACAUAAACGGGCUGGCAGAAUGUUGGAUAAGCGAAUAUGUUGGAUAAUAAGGAGAGAUUAAGAAAAUGCCUAUUAAAUUUCAGAUUAGGUUAUGAUUUUACAAAUUAAGCACCAAAAUAUCAUGUUAUACAACAAAUUUGACAGAAAAAGUAGUUCAAUACGCAGUAAUGCUAUGUAGUAAUUACUGUAUUUAUGAAUUUAGUACCAAAAUACAGUCGAGUAUCACUUAUCCAACAUAAACGGGCUGGCAGAAUGUUGGAUAAGCGAAUAUGUUGGAUAAUAAGGAGAGAUUAAGAAAAUGCCUAUUAAACAUCAAAAUAGGUUAUGAUUUUACAAAUUAAGCACCAAAAUAUCAUGUUAGACAACAAAUUUGACAGAAAAAGUAAUUCAAUACGCAGUAAUGCUAUGUAGUAAUUACUGUAUUUAUGAAUUUAGUACCAAAAUACAGUCGAGUCUCACUUAUCCAACAUAAACGGGCUGGCAGAAUGUUGGAUAAGCGAAUAUGUUGGAUAAUAAGGAGAGAUUAAGAAAAUGCCUAUUAAAUUUCAGAUUAGGUUAUGAUUUUACAAAUUAAGCACCCAAAUAUCAUGUUAUACAACAAAUUUGACAGAAAAAGUAGUUCAAUACGCAGUAAUGCUAUGUAGUAAUUACUGUAUUUAUGAAUUUAGUACCAAAAUACAGUCGAGUAUCACUUAUCCAACAUAAACGGGCUGGCAGAAUGUUGGAUAAGCGAAUAUGUUGGAUAAUAAGGAGAGAUUAAGAAAAUGCCUAUUAAACAUCAAAAUAGGUUAUGAUUUUACAAAUUAAGCACCAAAAUAUCAUGUUAGACAACAAAUUUGGCAGAAAAAGUAGUUCAAUACGCAGUAAUGCUAUGUACUAAUUACUGUAUUUAUGAAUUUAGCACCAAAAUAUCACGAUAUAUUGAAAACAUUGACUACAAAAAUGCGUUGGAUAAUCCAGAAUGUUGGAUAAGCGAUUGUUGGAUAAGUGAGACUCUACUGUACCAUGAUGUAUUGAAAACAUUGUCUACAAAAAUGCGUUGGAUAAUCCAGAACGUUGGAUAAGCGAGUGUUGGAUAAGUGAGACUCUACUGUAAUACAGUGUUCCCUCACUACUUCGUGGUUCGCUUUCCGCGGACUUGCUGUUUCGCAGUUUUUUUAAUCUAUAUAUAUAAAAGAGUGAUGGCAUCAGGGCAGCAGACAAAACAACAAAACUACAGGCCCCCCAACCUCGAAAUUCAACAACACAACCCAUCAUUCACGGCUCUAGGUUGAUACAACAAAAUGAAAAGAAAAAUAAAGUCCUAAUUAGAGGGAGAGGAAUAAUAGUUUUUAUCCAAUUGCUGCCAGUUUGAAGGCUAAGCUCCACCCACUUGGUCUCCUAGCAACCUCCUCAGCCCAGGGGACAGGCACAGUUAGGCCUCACUUAGGCUUCUUCCACAGAUUAUCAGAUUUGCACUGGAUUAUAUGGCAGUGUAGACUCAAGGCCCUUCCACACAGCUAUAUAGCCCAUUUAGAAUCUUAUAUUAUCUGCUUUGAACUGGAUUAUCUUGACUCCACACUGCCAUAUAAUCCACUUCAGUGUGAAUACUAAACAUAAAGACAACCAUACAACAGACAUUCAAUACCACCACUACCUCAACAAUUUCUCACCAACACCACCAGACAACGCCACAGCAACGCGUGGCCGGGCACAGCUAGUAAACACUAAAAUAAUAGUAUUAAUCAUGAAAUAAUAUCACAAAUCCCUCUUUCUACUUCCUUCCAAUCCCACUUGAUUUAAGCCCAUCCAAGCAGCCAUGAGAUCAUGCCAAACGCACCUGCUCCUCAAGGUCUUAUCACGGAUUUUCUCAGAACAUCUAAUUACAGUGUUCCCUCACUCACUACUCUGCGGUUUGCUUUUCGCACCCUCACUGCUUCGCGUUUUUUUAAUCUAUCUAUAUAUAUAAAAGAGUGAUGGCAUCAGGGCAGUGGACAAAACAACAAAACUACAGGCCUCCCAACCUCGAAAUUUGACAACACAACCCAUCACCCACGGCUCUAGGUUGAUACAACAAAAAGAAAAGAAAAAUAAAGUCCUAAUUAGAGGGAGAGGAAUAAUUGUUUUUAUCCAGUUGCUGCCAGUUAGAGGGCUAAGCUCCGCCCACUUGGUCUCCUAGCAACGCACUCAGCCCAGGGGACAGGCACAAGAGUUUGGAGAGACCCCUAGGGGCCAUCCAGCCCAACCCUUUCUACUAUGCAGCAGGACACAAUCCAAGCAUUCCCAACACAUGGACAACGUAUAAAUACUAUACAAUACGACACAGGGACAUAGACCCCCUCUACCCUCAUCACUUUCACAGUACACAAACAACCAAAUGCAUACUAAACAUAAAGACAACCAUACAACAGACAUUCAAUACCACCACUACCUCAACAAGUUCUCACCAACACCACCAGACAACGCCACAGCAACGCGUGGCCGGGCAUAGCUAGUAAACACUAAAAUACUAUAAAUCAUAAAAUAAUAUUAUAAAUCUCUCUUUCUACUUCCCUCCUAAGGAGAAGCCUAAGGAAGGAAGAAGCCGAAGCGAGAGAAAAGGAGGCUGACGUAGCUUUGUUUUCGCCUCACAAGAUAGACAGAGAUGCUACUUGCCAGUGAGAUUGUAAACAACACAAAUAUAGUGUCCCAAUAAUAAUAAUAAUAAUAAUAAUAAUCCAACCUAGCAGUUCAAAAACAUGCCAAUGUGAGUAGAUCAAUACGUACCGCCCCGGUGGGAAGGUAAUGGCGCUCCAUGCAGUCAUGCCGGCCACAUGACCUUGGAGGUGUCUAUGGACAACGCCGGCUCUUCGGCUUAGAAAUGGAGAUGAGCACCAACCCCGAGAGUCAGACAUGACUGGACUUAACAUCAGGGGAAACCUUUACCUUAAUAAUAAUAAUAAUAAUUAUUAUUAUUAUUAUUAUUAUUAUUAUUAUUAUUAUUAUUUUAUUGUACCCCGCCUCCAUCUCCCCACAGGAGGGAUAAUCUGCUUAUUUCCACAAUAAACAGAUUAAAACAUAUAUAUAUAUAUAUACACACACACACAUACACACACAUAUACACACAGUAGAGUCUCACUUAUCCAAGACUCGCUUAUCCAAGGUUCUGGAUUAUCCAAGGCUUUUUUGUAGUCAAUGUUUUCAAUAUAUCAUGAUAUUUUGGUGCUAAAUUCGUAACUACAGUAAUUACAACAUAACAUUACUGCGUAUUGAACUACUUUUUAUGUCAAAUUUGUUGUAUAACAUGAUGUUUUGGUGCUUAAUUUGUAAAAUCAUAACCUAAUUUGAUGUUUAAUAGGGUUUUCCAUUAUCCAAGAUAUUCGCUUAUCCAAGGUUCUGCCGGCCCCUUUAGUUUGGAUAAGGGAGACUCUACUGUAUAUAUACAUUUAACGAUAAAACAUCAUAUACAUUUAACAUUACACAGGUCAAACCAAGAGUUUACAACAGUAAUAAGUAAAAUCGUCUAAUAAGAACAAGAUAAUAAAAAGGCAGGGCAGUGGUGCAAAGCGCAGGAUUAAAGUCCCUACUUUGCGGAUUUUGACUUUUCGCGGGUUGUCCUGGAACGUAACCCCCACAAUAAGUGAGGGAACACUGUAAUAAUAAUAAUAAUAAUAAUAAUAAUAAUAAUAAUAAUAAUAAUAACUCAGCCUCUAUCAGGACCUCAAGAUUGAACUACAAAGACUCUGGCAUAAACCAGUGUAGGUGAUGUGCACAUUGGGUGCCGUGCCAAAAGAUCUCAGCCGGCAUUUGAAAACAACAGACAUUGACAAAAUUACGAUCUGCCAACUGCAAAAGGCCACCCUACUGGGAUCUGCACGCACCAUCCGAAAAUACAUCACACAAUCCUAGACACUUGGGAAGUGUUCGACUUGUGAUUUUGUGAUAUGAAAUCCAGCAUAUCUAUCUUGUUUGCUGUGUCAUAAUAAUAAUAAUAAUAAUAAUAAUAAUAAUAAUAAUAAUAAUAAUAAUAACAACUUUAUUUUUGUACCCUGCCUCCAUCUCCCUGAAGGGACUCAGGGCGGCUAACAUGGGGCCAAGCCCAGGCAAUUACAAUAAAACAAAAUAAAAUACAUACAAGACACGCGGCAUCAUCAAGUAAAAAUGCUUACAUAGUCACACAAUAAAACAAUAAAAUAGCAACAACAACAUAAUGAAACAUAGCAUUAAACCGUACAAGAAUUAAACGAGGGCAAACUCGGCCAAAGUGCGAGGAGUGAAAAUUAUUAAAUUAUUUGCCCUCCACAUCCAUUCUUUUGACUGAUGAAGAUAUUUUGAUAUGCAUUGGUGUCAAGUUGAGUCCAUACUUAGGUAUAGGGUUCAAAAAGGGUUCAAAAAGAAAACCCCCUUUCUUCCCUUUCCAAUUGCCCUCCGCUCUCUCUCUCCUUCCUGGCAACCUCAGACCCUUUGAAAUGUGAACGAGGAAUUUUAUUUUUGUACUUUUUAAUGAAAAUUUCCCAAGUCGACUUCGCGGGCACUUGGGUACUUUUGUAAACCAAACCGAAAAAAAGGGACGCUGACGUUUCUGUAUAUACGUUUGCAAAAAAAUAAUAAUGAUGUAUUUAUGUCAAAGAGAUAGAGAUUGUUUGACUGUGUGGGGACAUGCUCAAACCUAUUUAUUUUGCUAAUAUAUUUAUCCACAUGUAAAGCUGUUCAGUGCCUGUUAUAAUUUUUUUCCUCCAGUAUAAAGACAUUGGGUGCCCAUA